UGGGGGCGGCGGCGCCAGAAAAGGUUAAGAACGACUAGAUUCACCAAGUUCGUCUGAAAAUCGAGACCUGAAUGGAGUUAAACGCUCACAGGUCUGUUAAGUAUUGGGAAAUUUGAUGUCCCUAGGGCACCACGGGUUGCGCAAAAACUAGAGCGAGGGGCGGCACGAAACUGCCCCUACUUUAUCAAGAAAGACUCCCUUUUGACAACGCCAUAGCAACUCUUCCAAAAAAUCCGGCAGUUCCGGGUAUGCGCACCUCCGAGUAUCCACGGUAACAAAAUUCCGUAAUUGAAUUUUUCGUUACGUAACCGUAGUUUAUAAAUCCGCCCGACUAGAGUUUCUCCAACUCUCCCCCGAGCUCGAUACAAUCGUGCAACCCUUCCGGCGUAAAAACUUGCGCCAGCCAACCCCAACAUAUAUCUCUGAGAGCAGCUCUAGGAUUUUUCAUCCCCCCACGUUCCGAGCGCGGCCGAAGCGGUCUCGUCCUUGUCCGAACAGGAUUCGGGCGGCUGCGGAAAGGAUCCCGGGCAGUGUGACGUCACACACGGAAGCAUCUCAACCGCUCCGUCCAUGCCGUUUUACCGGUUAAUACUGCGAUUCGAGUGUGCUGUGCCAGUUACACGGUAAUUGCGUUUCGAACUUGUUACCUUACAUGAUCAGGAAGUGUGUUAGAUGGGUCAGCAAGUAGGAGAUGUUCAAAGGGUGGAAAUUCGGAAAGGGUCUGGACCCCACAAACUCCACGCAACUGCGGCCGUUGAACCCGGAGAUCACCGCUCCGAGGAUCGACAGCUACAGGUUUUCCAUGGCCAACCUCCAGGACUCGCAGGAUGUGGACCUGGACGCCAUCUUGGGCGAGCUGUGCGCGCUCGAGACCCAGUGCGAGAGGGAGAUUGGGCACGCACGGGAUAGCAAGCGGCUGUCGGACCAGAAGGUGUCGCACCACCUGUCGCGGACACACAGCCGGUCGUCGUCGGAAGGUCCACGACUCAAGUUGGACGAGAGUGAUUUGAUGUCAAAGACUGAUUCGGUACGGACGGAAUCGCCCGAUAAUGAUUCCGCUUUCAGUGAUACGGUGUCGAUGUUGUCGAGCGAAUCGUCGGCGAGCAGCGGCGGUUCGGGAUCGAAACCCCAAAGCCUGCACCUGCAGAACCUCCAGGAUGAAGCUUCGCGGGUCAAAGCCGAGAAGAUCCGCAUGGCCAUGGAGAAAAUCAAGGAGGCUAAUAUCCAGAAGUUGUUCGUGAAGGUGUUCACAGCGGAUGGUUCCGCCAAGUCUUUGCUAGUAGACGAGAAGAUGUUGAGUUCGUACGUGACGCGCUUGCUGAUGGACAAGAACCAUGUCGAGGUGGACCCUAAAUGGGCUAUCGUCGAACACCUGCCGGAGUUGUAUAUGGAGAGGACGUACGAAGACCACGAGCUCCUCGUCGACAACCUCAUGCUGUGGACGCGCGACUCCAAGAACAAAAUCUUCUUUUCGGAACGUCCGGAGAAGAACAAGCUGUUUCUGGAACCGGAGAAGUUUCUUCUUUCCAUGACUGAUAAAAAGGAGAUGGAUUAUGAUGAGCACUCGCGCAAUAUGCUCUUGGAGGAAUUCUUCUCCAAUAAUUCGUCCAGUGUUCCGGAGGUGGAAGGCCCUCUGUACCUAAAAGCGGAUUCUAAGAAAGGGUGGAAGAAGUACCACUUCGUGUUGCGGAAGUCGGGGUUGUACUAUUACCCGAAGGACAAAGUGAAAUCAGCCAAAGACUUAGUGUGUUUGGCCACUUUUGACAAUAACCACAUCUAUUGUGGCUUGGGGUGGAAGAAAAAAUAUAAAGCACCGACGGACUACGGGUUUGCCAUCAAACACCCUCGUUUACAAGAACCCAAGUCGACUAAAUUCAUCAAGUACUUGUGUGCGGAAGACCAGCAGAGCCUCGAACGGUGGAUGGUGGGGAUGCGCAUAGCCAAAUACGGGAAACAACUAGUGGAUAACUACCGGGCUCUCAUGGACGAGCUAGCCCAAGAAGAUUUAGACAUGUUAGCGCACGCCAGGAGCUGCUCGGUCUCUUCCAUAGCGGUGCAGAGUACCGUGACCACCCCCACCCAGGGGUAUCCAGGGAGCGAAGCCGGUUAUGGUACUCAAAGCGACACCUACUCAGCCCCCAGUGAAGCCAGUUCGGGUCGCCACAGCAGGGCCAGCAGCUCCAGUUCUUCUGGGUGCAUGUCCGACGGUGCCCCCUCCAGUUGCGAGAACGCCUUCGACUCCGAGUUCCCCAUGGGUACCAUCAAGAGGAAGCCCUCCAUGAAGCCCAGUCUCCCGCUCACUAACAUCACGCGCCAACUCAAAGAGGUGGGAGAAACCCGCGACGAGAUCGAUAGCGGCCCGCUGCCCACCAGCCCGAUCAAUUGCACCAACUCCGGGACGCUCACCCGGAGACACAGCCGGCGGAAAUCCGGGAAUUCCACUGACGAUUCGUCCAAUUCCGGCACUCUUAAAAGACAGCACUCGUACAAGGCGAGAGGGUCGCUGGAGUCGAUGGGGGGAAGGAGCGGGAGUUCGACUCCGCUGUGCGGCACUCCCGUGAGGGAGAGGGCGUCUCCGUUCAACGACAAGAGCAGUCCGUUCGGGGAGAGGCCUCCCAGUGCGGGAGGAGUGCGCACUCCCACCAGCCCCACCAAUAUGGAGAUGCCGUCGUGUAUGACCGACUCCAUCACCUCGCUGCCGCCGCCGCCCGAGCCCAACGGUGACGUCAUCACCGAGUCGCCCUCCUACCAACUCCCGCCGCCUCCCCCCGAAGUGUACAACUCCAACCUCUCCCUCGACAGCCUCCCGCCCCCGCCUAACCCCAGCGAGCUGCCCCCCAUGACCGGCACCGAGCUCACCGGCAGCCAGCUGUCCCUCAUGUCCCUGCCGCCGCCGCCCGGCGAGGUCGACGCCGGCACCGUCCGCAAGCGCAAAGAGAGUGUCACCCCCACGAACGUCCUCAGCCCCGACCGCACCCCCACCAUGUCGCCCGACCAGACCCCCACCCAGUCCCGCAUCACCACCCCUUGCUUCAGCCCGCCGCUGUCCGCCGUGGGCAGCAACUGCAGCACCCCGACCCAGCAGAACCCGCCUGUGAGUUUCCACCUCAACGAGCCCGCCAACGGCUACCUGGUGCACCCCAACCCGCCCGGUUACCGGCCCACCAGCACGCUGCCCGGGUUCAACAACGUGGGGGCGCUGCGGUCGAGUCUGCGGCAGGCGUCGCUGCCGAGGCAGAUCUCGUCGAGCAGCAUCGCCUCGAGCGGGAGCUCCGGCAGCUCGGGCAACUACGUGGCGUACGCGCAGGGGUCGCCGCACUUGCAGCGCAAAGUCAACUUCCAGGACCCGGCCAGUCCGAAGAAGACCGCCAAGAAGAUCAGUUUCAACUUGGUGCCGCAGGAGGUGCCGCCGCUGCCGAAGAAGCCGCCGCCGCCGAAGCGCGCCGAGAGCACGAAACUAUCGAGUCCGAAGAAGCUGGUGGAGCCGCCCGUGGACUUCUUGAAGGACUUGCAGAGGGUGAUGCGGAAGAAGUGGCAGGUGGCGCAGAAGUGCAAAUUGGAGCCGACGACGACUCCGCACGAGGUGCUGGGGUUCAGGGACCCACCGAUCGCGCUGCCGGAUUACAAGGAGCACAAUGUGUCGAAUUGGGUCCAGGAGCACUACGGGCCUAAUAAUGUUUACGAGAACGUGUACAGGGACAGUCCGGACGCGGUGGUGGAGUAUGCGACGAGUCCUGUUCACGUGAGGAGCGACUACAGGAAGCGGCCGCCGCCGCCGCCCCCAAAGCGCAGCGAGACGACGCAUCUGAGCACCCCCAAGAUGCACUGAUGCUGCGUUUCAUAAUAUGGCUUGGAAAAAUAAAGGCAUAUCAUAUAUGGCUUGCGCUCAUUUUCGUUCCGGGGAGUAUUGUAUGCUGCUUAUUUUUCAAGUGAUAUAUGGUUAUACUGCCAGCAAUCCCUGCCUAAUGGCUAUGUGAUUUAAAUUUUAAUGUGCCAUGUGAGUUAAGACACUGUUAGUUAAGUUCUGGUUUUGUAAAUAUUCGCUCUUAGUGAAUUGAAAUGUCAAAACAUUUAUGGUGCUUAUAGUUAUAAAAUUUUAGUACUAGACUAGCGGAAAUUGUGUUUUAUAAAGUUUAUAACCAUUUUUUACCCAAAUUAUUUAACGAUUUUUAUAACAAGUUACAGGGUUCAAGUCAGUUAUUUAUUUUUCUGUUUUUUUUUUUUUUAUAUAUUUGUUCAAGGUAUGUAUUUUUAUUUCGUGUAUAUAGUUUUUUGAAUGUUCCCGCUCGGCGCUGCCGCGGCCCGUAAUUUAUAAUCAUAAGUGUACUUUGUAUUAAGACCCUUUUAUAAUCGUAUACAAGAUCUCCACAAUGCCAUUGUCCCAUACAUUUUUGUAUGUUUUAUACCAACUUAAUACUUCUAGCGGUUUAGAAAGAACGGAUAGGUACUUGUAGUUAAUGUAGUCAAUGCAAAAACGAACUAUUUCAAACUAAAGGAUCGAUAUAUUUAUAAAAACUUAGGAAAUUAUCGAUUUUGUUAAAAAUUUCGUGUGCAAUUUUUAAAUUAUGAAGUUUAUAGAAAUUAUAUAAAUUUGUCUUGGCACAAGAAUUUAUGAGGCGUUGUAGGCUAAAUCAAAUUGAUAAUAUAUAUUUUAAGUAUUCAAAUUGGUAAAUAUUUUUUCUGGAUACUUAUCGACCUUCAAAUUGAGUACUUUGUAUACAGUCUACCAUUUCUAUAUACUAGUUGUUAUCAUAAUAAGUAUUACGGUAAAUAAAUAUAUUUAAAGAAGA